UUUAAAGUAUCAACCGGUCAGUGUAAAUAAACACGAGAAGCGACAGACAAAAGUAGUAAACUGUAAAUAAUACUUUUUCAUUUUGUGUAAUUAUAAAAGUGUUUUGAACUUCACAGUCAUUAAUUAAAAGUACGUCUGCCAUCCUGUCGUGGUAGAUCCUGAGGCAAAGCUGUACUGAAAACCUCUUGCUAUAGUUAAUAUAUGUAAUGGAGGAGUUACACAUUCAUUGCCAGAAUUGUGUGAACAGAAGAUGCAUGGUAAGAUUAGAGACUGGUGUUUCGUGUGACCUCAUGGGCUGUCCUCUUGUGUGUGGGGCAGUUUUCCACUCGUGCAAAGCAGAUGAGCACCGUUUGCUAUGUCCAUAUGAAAGAGUGCCUUGCCUAAAUAGUGGUUUUGGAUGCCCCUUCACUAUUGCCCGAAUGAAAAUGGCACAGCACCUGGGAAUAUGUCCAGCCAGUGUUGUUUGCUGCACCAUGGAAUGGAACAGAUGGCCUGUUAGCUAUGCUGAUCGUAAAUCCUACGAAAACUUGAGCAAGGAAGUUUAUGACGUUGAACAGCUAGAUAUGGCAUUGGCCCUACAAGAUCAGCGGAUGUUACUCGAGUCUCUCAAAGUGACUACCACUGUGGCAAAAACAGUGGCUGAACAAAAUGAGGAAAACGAAAGGUUAAACUCUAGUAUAGAAGAAGUAGACUUGAAGAAUGGACUAAUAGAAAUGGAUGGGGAGACAUACGAUGAACUUUACAAGGCGUCAGUGGAAACCAGCAGAAAUUUAGCAGCAGCUUUGGACAUUCUCAGCAGUGCAAACAAAGGUAUUGACCUGAUCAUGGAAAAUCUCAGUGGUAAGAAUGUAGACAACAAUAUGGCUUGUCACAGUGGUAAAAACGGGGAUCAUUGUUCAAAAGAAGAUCAAAUUGAGCUAAUGAGGGAAAGUGACACAGAUUCAGAGUGUGAGUUGGGAGCUGUAGGUGGAGUCGACUGUGCUUUCCCAGUUGAUUUUGAUGAAGAUGAGAGUGAGAGGAGGGAGCAAAGUGCACUUGAUGAGCCUUCUGAUGAAGAGGAGGAAAUAAAUGGCAAUGUGAAUGUUGAUGGACAUGGAUUUUUCAAUGUAGAGGAUAAUCAAAAUAAUUUCAGACUUGAAAUGCAUGUGGAGAGACCUGUGGUAAAAUUCAACCGCUUUGCAGAUGUCAGGCCAAUGAUGCCUUAUCAUUCCAUGCCCACUGUAGCACGGCAAGCAGAGAUGGCCCAUUCACCCCAGUUCCCGCUACCUCCACCCAUACCUCUGCCUGAUUUAGUGCAGAACAAUGUUUUACACCAACUGCCUGUUGAAAUUGAGGACCGGUGGCUGGAGCGCAAGUUGCAGAACCUUCAAAUGCUUAGAGGUAUGAGUGUGUUUACAUGUAACGGGCGGAAGAAUGUUCUGUCCAGUCCGUAUUUUUUCCGGGCUAAGAUGGAAGAUAAGGCAGUGGACACUUCUGACCUAGAGGUUGUGGACGAUCCAAUAUGCCUUCAUGGCAUCGACUUGAUCACUGCUGCCUUGCUCUUCUGCCUCGGUGACUCUCCAGGAGGUAGAGGCAUUUCGGACAGCCGUUUUGUGGAUGGGUAUCGAAUUGACUUUGGCACACAGACUUUUUCCUUUCCCUCUGCUAUACUGGCCACCAGCACCAUGGUGGGUGACAUCGCCUCAGCAUCUGCCUGUGAUCAUGCCAGCCCUCAGCUGUCCAACCCCAGCCCAUUCCACACACUCAGACUGGACCUGGUGCUGGAGUGUGUUGCUCGUUACCAGACCAAGCAACGCUCUAUGUUCACAUUUGUGUGUGGGCAACUGUUUCGCAGGGAUGAGUUCUCCUCCCAUUUUAAAAACGUCCAUGGGGACAUCCAUGCUGGGCUCAAUGGCUGGAUGGAGCACCGGUGCCCUUUGGCAUUCUAUGGUUGCACUUACUCCCAGAGGAGGUUCUGCCCCUCUGUGCAGGGUUCUAGAAUUAUUCACGACCGGCACCUGGGCUCGUUUGGUGUGCAGUCUGACUUAGCUGAACGUCCAGAUAAAGUUCAGCGCCACAAUCUUUCCCACUGUGACCAUCUCACCAGCUUACCCUUUGAGCUAUUGCAGCAUGUUGCAAGCUUUUUGGAUGGUUUUAGUUUGUGCCAGCUGUCCAGAGUGUCCAGUACCAUGAGGGACGUUUGUGCUAGUCUGCUAAAAUCGCGUGGUAUGGUGGUCUUGCUUUGGGCGAAGACAAGACGUACAGAUGGAUCUUUCUCAUGGCAGAUUCAUGACAAGGUAUGGAGAUUUAGCACAGCCUUUGGAACAGUGACUGAGUGGAAAUUUGCCAAUAUUUCCAGUAUGGCUGACCACCUAAAGACGUGCAAGUUCAACACGGUGGACCGUCGAGAGGAGGCCGUCCCUCUGCCAUGCAUGAGUCACACCAGAGAACUGACUAAAGAAGGUCGCUCAGUGUGCUCCAUGCUCAGGCCAGUCUUAUAGGCCGAGCAUAAAAGAAAAGAAGUGUUCUGCUGUAAUGGUUUUCAGUGUGACAGAUGAGUGGAAAGUUUUCAUUUUACAAUACUGGGGUUAGAUUUUGUUACUGUGUAGUAUCAUAGGAAGUAAAUUAAGUACGUGCAUAGUUAUUUGCAUUGAAUUUUCUAAUAAAACAUGCUGGGUUUAUUAUUGUUAUUUUAUAUUCACUUGUACAGAAGGACAAAACAUAUAUUUUUAGGUCUAUUUUAAUGCAUCUUUGCUUACAGGCAUGUCCCUUUAGGAUAGAAACACAGUGCAAAGAUAAAAGGUGAUCAGAAAUAAUUGAUUUAGGAAUGUAAUCCUGUUAUCAUUUGUUUUCAGCAUGUUUGUAACUACAGACAGUUUAACAAAACAGUUUUUGGUUUUUAGAUAUACAAUAUGUAGCACUUUACAAAAGAACAUUGAAGUUUACUUUGGAAAAAUCUAAUCGACUGUCACUAAAACUUGUAAUGUUUUGAUGCUAAGUCAUUAGUGUCAUUGUUCACUGUGGUUAUAAAUGUACACAAAUGUUUUGCAUAAAGCAGUGUAUAUACACUCACACUCCACUUUAUUAGAAACACCUGCACACUCAUGCAAUUAUGCAUUAAACAAAUCAGGUUGCGGAAGCACAGUGCAUAGAAUCAUGCAGAGACAGGACCAAGAUUGGACCACUGAAGAUGUUUUUGGGUUAUUUUCUGCACUGUUCUGUGAAAACACGAGAGACUGUUGUGCUAAAAAAAAAAUUCAGAAGAUGUGAAAUAUUGAAAUACUCGGACCAGCCUGUCUGACACCAGCAACAAUGCCAUGGUCAAAGGCAUGGAGAUCACAUUUUUUCCCCCAAUUCUGAUGUUUGAUGUGAACAUGAACUGAGUCUAGUGACAUGUAUCUGCAUGAUUUUAUGCAUUACACCGCUUCCACACAGUUGGCUGAUCGGAUAAUUUCAAGACUGUACAGGUGUUCCUAUUAAAGUGGCCUGCAUCUCUUUUUUUUCUUUUCUUUUUUUUGACAAAAUGAGCCGUAAUGAAAGCCUGCUGGACAGGUCUAAAACGUCUGCUAUUUAGUUAGUAAAAAGGUUAUUUAUCGGACAAAUCACUAAACACACAUGAUCAACACAUUUCCAAGCGUUCCUCUAAUGUCUCUCAGGGUUCUAAAGCUGAAAAAGUGAACAAGAAUGAACAGCUUAAAGAAAGAAACGUGAUGUGAAGUCAUAACUGUACUUGCAUAUUUAAUGUCCAGUGCAUAAGGCAAGAGGGGCUUUACGGUUACUGGGGUGUCAGUAUUAAAUAUAGUUCAAAAUGAAGAAAACUGGUAUAUUUUGGUAGAAAGAAUGUUUUCACUUGAUCGGUUUUGAUUUGAGGAGGCUGAUAACAUCAGUCUGAGGAAUUUGAUAUUGAACAGUUGAAAUUAUUGAAACAUUAUUGAGCAAUAUAAACAUUGAAACAUUUUGUUUGACAUCCCUAUUUAUAAGCUUUUUUUUUUUAAUGAAAUAGUUGAAGUGUGCACAUUUUGAAGCCAAUUGUGUAUUAAAACAAGAAUUCAGAUUGGUUGCCAAUAGAUUUGCAUGGCUUAGCAUUUUUGUCUUAAAUUUUGGGUAUUGAUUAUUUUUGGUAUGGACAAAACAUUUUCUAGCAUUAUAUUGAACAUUGACGUGAUAAUCCGAUAGCAAAUUGGCUGCACUUUUAUGGAGAUCAUCUGAUCAUUUCUAACUCCUUAUGCAUGUGAUGAUUAUUGCUGGAAAUAACAGCUUUUAUUUUUGUGUAUCAUGUAAAACGUUUUUUGAAUACACUUAUUAAAUGCAUAACAAUG